AUGGCUCUGUUUGUUAACGGUCAGAUAAACGGUAGAAGAAUGAAGGAUUUCAAUUCGAAGGUGCGGGAAACAUUGCCUUUUCAGGCCACUGCACGCAGAAUCGGUGUCAGGCUUAGUCCUCACGCGUGGCAGAGCCACGGGAGCCUAAGGGACAGUCCCAGCCCAGCUGCUCCCGCCCCCCAAACCCGGGCAAGGGGAGGAGCUGAGGAAUCGAAAGAGAAACAGGGGCGAGCCGGCGGCGGCGGACCUCGCGCGGGGCCGGCAUGGAGCUGCGGCGGCUGCCGUGGCUCUGGCUGCUGUGCUGCGCCACCUUCCCCGGGACCCGGCCGCGGAGCCCGCAGCGAGAGGCCGCCGCCUUCCGGUUCACCUGUGAAGCCAUUUAAGCCUGGAGUUUAUUUUGCUGGUGGAUUUUCAAUUGCAAGUUUAAUACCGUUAGUCGUUACAGAGCUGCUUAUGUUCCUGUUGCUCCUACGUUCUGCUUUGGAAAGUCUUAAUAGACAUCGAUACCUGAAUUCUUUCUUUUCUCACGAAAACUCUACAGCCGUCUAUGGAAUAAAUCAGUUUUCUUAUCUGUUUCCUGAAGAGUUUAAAGCCAUUUAUUUGAGAAGCCAACCUUCUUCAUCCCCCAGAUACCCCGCAGAAGUGAAGAUGUCCUUCAUCCAUGUAUCCUUGCCAUUAAGAUUUGACUGGAGGGACAAACAUGUUGUGUCUCAAGUGAGAAACCAGCAGAUGUGUGGAGGAUGCUGGGCCUUCAGCGUGGUGGGUGCUGUGGAAUCCACGUGGGCAAUCAAGGGACAUCCUUUGGAAGAUCUCAGUGUCCAGCAGGUCAUUGAUUGUUCAUAUAACAACUAUGGCUGCAGUGGAGGCUCCACUCUCAGUGCUUUGAAUUGGUUGAACAAGACGCAGGUGAAGCUGGUGAAUGAUUCGGAAUACCCCUUCAGAGCACACAGUGGCCUUUGCCGUUACUUUCCUAGUUCACAUUCCGGGUUCUCAAUCAAAGGUUACUGUGCCUAUGACUUCAGUGACCAAGAAGAUGAAAUGGCCAAGUUGCUUCUGAUCUAUGGCCCUCUGGUAGUCGUCGUCGAUGCAGUGAGCUGGCAGGAUUACCUGGGAGGCGUGAUACAACAUCACUGUUCAAGUGGAGAAGCCAAUCAUGCAGUCCUCGUAACUGGCUUUGACAGGACAGGGAGUAUACCGUAUUGGAUUGUCCGGAACUCAUGGGGAAGUUCAUGGGGAGUGGACGGCUAUGCCCAUGUUAAAAUGGGGAGUAAUGUUUGUGGUAUUGCAGAUUCUGUUUCCGCUGUAUUUGUGUGACGUGUUGGGCAGAUCAGGAGACAACUACAAAAGUGAAGGGGUUCAGGAUGCGAUAAAUGUAAGAUGGUUCUUUAAGCAUUAGUCAACUUCAGACUUCAGCAACCCUCCACAAAAGGUCCUGGGGCCCAGUGGUAUUUAAAUUCAUUUGUAGAAUAUUCCUUUCUUAGAAAGAAUUGGACAACCAGAGUCUGUAGGAAGAACUCUAGAACCAUGGCCCUCAACGAAACCUGUGGAAUGGCUUCCGGCUCUGCACGGAGGGUCAGAUUAGGAGAUCGGGAGUGUUCAUGGUAAAGUAGAAUUAAAAGUGUUUUUUGGUGUGAAAACUUUUUGGAAAUCCAUGCACAUGGGGGGGGGGGUCUUCAUGGAAGAUGCAAAAACUAUGCCUAGAGCUCAAAAUUUUUGUGUCAAUAUAAACAUCUUUUAAUUAUAUUUUUCUACACACCUUCUGAGGUACCUUGUAUUUUAGGGCAGUCUAAUUUGAAAAGGCUAUUUGUUUGCCUUUUUUCCUUGUGUUUGUUUUCAAUGAGAUACAACAGGGUUGUGGGGCAAAACCACUUGCCUUACGUUACCCUUGCCUACAAAAUCGGCCAACCUAAAAUGAUGGGUGCCUCUCACAAUGAUAGUAACAGCCUUCUGAGAUAGAGUGCCAAAGGAGUUCCCAUAGGAGUUGCUUUACCUCAGUACACGGUGCUGCCCCCUGAACAGUAGAGUGACCGGAUCGAAGAACACGAAGCCACUAUGUCCCUUCUGGAGAAAAAGUUAAAAACUGAUAGAAACACGCAGACCAAGGAGACACCUGUGUGACAAGAACCCUCAGCUAGUCUUGCCAAGAGACUGAUUGCUGUUCUGCAAUUUUCACUGGGAAUGCAGUGGAUUUCAUUUCUUACGUCAGUCUCCCCCUGUUUGAGAACACAGGAUUUUGCCACCUGUUCUCACUCUCUGUGUAGCUCUGUACUGCAGGCACACCCCGGUUGUCCUGUGUCCUGCCUUCCCUACUAAAGAAUCCCCUCCGUCUACACUCCGCAUCUCUGUUUUCUGACCACCUGCUCGGCUCCCUUUCUCAACAUGGAGAUCUCAAUUCUUCCUUGGGUGAUCCUAGGCACUGUGCCUCUCCACAUCCAAUCUUCUGAGCUGGGCUGUCCGGUACAAUGAGAGGCUUCCGGACUCUGAUUUCCAGUGUCCGGCUUCGUUUUCCUGGCCUCUCAAUCCCACUUAGUUCUUUGGCUGGCUCCCAGUCCCUGACACCUGUGAUCUCUCCUGUGAAGCUCACUACACAAGGAUUUCCGGCGCUGUGCCGCCAUUGCUAUUCUGAGUAACUUGCAUCCUCGGCAGUGAGCAACGUCCUGUGUGCGCAGAAGAGACACUGUUAAUGCUCGUCUCCGUGAGUGCAAAGCGAGUCACUUCCUGGACAGCAGUGAGAGGGGAAGAGAUAAUCUAGUUGGAUACAGUAUAACCAUAUUAAGUUAAUUAAUAUAAGAAAAUCAGGUGCCCGUGCUUUGGCACAGCAGGUUAACACCUUGACCUGCACUGCUGACAUCCCAUAUGGGUGCUGGUUCUAGUCCUGGCUGCUCCUCUACCGAUCCAGCUCUCUGCUGUGACCUGGGAAAGCAGUAGAAGAUGGCCCAAGUCCUUGGGCCCCUGCAUCCACGUGGGAGACCCGGAAUAAGCUCCUGGCUUCAGGCUUCCGAUUGGCGCAGCUCUGGUCAUUGUGGCCAUUUGGGAGUGAACCAGCAGAUGGAAGACCUCUCUGUCUCUACGUCUCUUUGUAACUCUGUCUUUCAAAUAAAUAAAAUAAAUAUUAAAAAAGAAAAUCAUAUCAAAUGCUAAAUAUACCCAAGAACUAUGUAUAUAUUUCUUUUCUAAAAUUCAUGGUCAUCUUCUUCGAUGCAGCAGCAACCAGGAAAAAAAAGAGUCAAGGACAGCCCAUUUUCCCUCUCACUUUAUUUAUCGAUUUCUUGUAGUAGAUAAACAACAAAAACAGCAUGUAUUUUUAUACCAGUCACAAGGAAUUUGAAAGAAUAUUUGUUGAUUCAAGUUUCGACAUGUUCCAGAAAGACAAUAUUAACAUUUUAAUUGAUAAAUAUUCCCAUUAUCCAAGAAUGCCAGAAAAGAAUUAUAUCCUGGUUCUUCUAGACCCUGUUCAAUUACUUUCUGAAUGAUGUGAAUGCUUUUUCUAAUACUUUUUUUUAAAUACUAAAGGAUUUUUUAAUUUCAAAAUUAAUCAUACUUCUAAGUGUUCUGGAAUUUGAUAUUUAUAGUAAAACAACCUACCUUUAAUUAAAAAAAAGACUCUGUUCUCAA